UAUACAUCACAAGAGGGGUUGCGUUCUCUCGCGGGGAGAGGAGAAGGUGUGGGACAGAUAGACGUUUCGUCUAGCAUGGGAUCUCGUGAAUAGAGGACAUUCCUCAAAGUCAGCUCCCAUGAGUGGCGGCGUGCGCAUCCUCGUGACAUAAACAGCUGAAUGACCCUCCCGCCACCCCCAAUGGCCGAGUAGAAUGGCUGGCGCCUUACGUAGGCAGCAUGCCUGCCUCGGCUGGCCAACCAAGCCUGGGGAGGAAGGCGAAGCCGACGACGCUCCAGUGAUGCUGUGUAGUCUCUAAACUUUGUAGGCCAGAUAGAUAACUGUGAUGAAGUAUCCCCAGCUUGUCUCCACUCCAGCUGUGGUCAAGGAAUGGCUCGAGACCGAGUUGGAGUGCCUCGGCAUCGACUCGGCCGCGUACGCCCGAACCGUGCUCUCCCUGCUGGCCCGUGACACCAUCGACCCGGCCGAGGUCAUCCAGUCCGGCUAUGUCCUGGUCGCCAACAAGUGCGGCCGCGGCGCCGGGGGCCCAGGCGGCCCCCACCCGCCAAGGACCAGGGAGGAGGAGCUGAAGAGAGCUGAGGUGAUCGAGUGCCUGAGGUCGGCCUCCGAGGACCACUGCGGCAUCCAGCUGCUGGUCGACCAGCUGAUCAGCAUGCUGAAGCAGCUGCCGGCCUCGGAGGCGACCAGCUCGGCCGACAUCCGCCGCCGACCGGACACCGUGGACGCGCCCACCGACGACCCCGUGCUCAGGUACGAGGCGGCGUUCCCGGCUCUGAGCCGCGGCUCGCCGAGCGUCGUGCCGCUGACCUACUUCAGCAAGAUGGGCCGCGCCCCCACCCAGCGGCCCGUCUCGCUGUCGGCGUGGUGCGCGGACGCGGCGCCGGCCGACCGCUGGCACUCCACCGACGACCACCCCACAACAGCUGUCUGGCCUACAGCACUCCGCCUGAGCCUGCUGCUGCACCCGGCCGGGCUGGCCGGCCUGCCGGACGCCGUGGCCGGCUGGCCGGGCCGGCUCGCCGCGGAGCCGCUGACCGGCUACACCAGCCUGAGCACAGCACCACUGGAGCUGGCCGCCGGCCUGCCCGAGCCCCCGCCGCCGCCGCCCAAGCCGCCCGAGCGGCCGGCCGACGCGGCGCGCGCCAUCCAGCCGUCGGCCGACACGCACUUCCAGCCGAUCCGGCGCGCCAGCGACGGAGACGACGAGCCGGCCGGCUGGGCGUCGCCGGCCACCUACGACGCCCGCCUUUACACGCGCUCGGACAGCGGCGGCCUUUACCUGGAGGACGAGCCGCGCCCGGCCGCCGACCGGCCGCAGAAGUACAUGGUGUACCACGAGCCGGCGCCGGGCCGCGGCCUCGUGCCCAAGUUUAAGCUCAGCUGCAACGAGAAGUACUGUCAGACGGACGAGGCGGUGCCGGCCGACGGCGCCGGCCGCGACCUGCUCCAAAUAUUGGUUUCCGGAGAGCAGUCGGGCGCGGUGCCGGACGUCGAGGCGGACGACGACGACGACUCGAGCCACGAGGUGCUGUCGAGCCUGCAACACGUGCUGCACAGCAUCUACGAGGACGGCAGCGACGCAGCGGCCGACGACAGUGAGCUGGAGCCGCCGGCCGCCGGCGAGCAGCCCGAGCCGGCGCGGCCGGCUGGGACCGUGUACCGUCAGGGCCCGACCGAGUACCCGCCGCUGCGCUACCAGCUGGCCGGCCGCGACCUGCCCGAGGUCACCUUCUGCCGGCUGAGCAGUGACACGCACAGCGCUGCCUCCUGGCAGGAGGAGCCGGCAUUGACGGGUGACGCGGCCAUCUGGGAGUGCAGCUCGGACGACGUGCGCGCCUCGCGCGAGUCGAGCGUCACCAGCGAGGCGUCCGGCUGGCCGGGGGGCGGCGAGCGGGCCGACGACGCCACCCUGUGGCAGCUGAUCAGCGACGCUCUCUGGGAGUCUCACGAUCUCACCGAGCGCGAGAUGGCCAUCGACGAGACCCGCUGGGAGUGCUGCGACGAGCGCGCGCGCCGCAAGACCCUGGAGAAGCCCGUCGGCAAGGACCCCUGGGAGCCGCGCGGCGACGACUGCAGCCUCGAGAAGCCCGUCGACAAGGGUCCCUGGGAACCGCGCGGUGAUCACUCGGCGCGCAACUCGGCCGACAGGAGCGUCUGGGAGUCGCAGCUGAAGAUGUCGGUGGACGCGCCGCUCUGGGAGUCGCCAACGGACCUGGUGGAGCGCGAGCCGUCGCUGGACGCGCUGUGGCAGCUGGACGGCGAGCUGCGCUCUCCGAGUGUCUGGGCCUGA